GAAAGAGGCCUGGAUUCAAUAACAUUGAAUUACCAUUCUGGUCUUGUUUAUGCAGUUGUGCUGUGUGGGAAAACUUCGCAUGAUUGGGUAAAUUUUGUAACCAGACGUGGCUCUCAGGCAGUUGAUUUCUGUAAACCAGGUUUCUGGCAUCAUCUUCAUCGAAUCAAAACAUUUGCAGUCUAGAAAGUCAAACGGAAACGAAGAACUUCCAACACUUACCCUCCAGCCCAAUAUUGAAAGGCGAUUUCGUUGCUUCACUGCCGAUAGUAACAAUUAUCAAAUAUGGAUGGGGGAGGUGGAGCACCUCCAUUUGAUCCUUGCGAAUGUAUUUUUAGUCAUGAAGGAGCGAUGCGAAGGCUGAUCUCACUGCUGAGAGGUUCGCAAAGCUAUUGCACUGAAGAGCAAUGUUUUACAGAUGCACCAAAUUUGCAAGCAUCUAAUGAUGGUGGGAAUAUGAUGAUGUUUGUAAUGGUGGCCUGGGUCAUUGCAGCUGUACUCCUUUAUCUUCUAAGGCCUGCCAGUAUGAGAGGAGGAUCAGAGAAACCAAAUCCUAACAAUGGCAAUCGUGAGGAACAGCCCCCUGCCCCCACUGCAUGAACAGCCAGGAAAAGUUGCUUCAGAUCACCAGAACUGAAGUUCUUCGAAUCUUCAUAUCAAUGUAUUUCACUUAUAUUUCUUGUAUAUUUUAUGUAUGUAGAUGUAAAAAGUAUCUUUAAUACUGGGGAUUGGGCUUAGUGUAGAAUAACAGUUAUAGUAUGGCAUUUCGUAAAAGGACGGAAUUAAGGAUAACAUUUGAUUUUCAAAAAAGCCAAGUCAAAUUUAUUAUGAAUAUUGAAAUGAAUUCAGUACAAAAGAAAGAUCUAUUAUGAAGAUUCAUCAAUGCAUUCUCUUGCCUUGAAAUAAAAAUCCUAGAUGUAGUGAUUGCAGUUCUGGAGUGGUUCGGAAAACAUAACUACAGUCUUCCUAAACGUAAAUCAAUAAAACUCUUCUAUAAAAGAUCGGGGGUUUAUAAAGAUUUAAGAAAUUGCUAAUGUCAGAGUUGUAGGUUGGGGGUCGUUGGUUAAGAACUACCCUUCCUUUGACUCGUGUUACCCCUUUAACAUCGGCAUAUCACGUGAAUUUCUUUUGAAAUUCGUGGAAAUUAUUUGAAGGAAAUUUUUAGAAUUUGUGCCUCACACUUGGUCCUUAAAAUCUCUGACCAAUCAUACCGACCCAAUACCUCAUACUCUCUUGAUUCAAUGCUUACCUCCAUGUGUUUUUGAAAUAUUUACACGAGAGAAUCAACUAAGAACUAGGGUCAAUUCUGAACAAUUUGUAUGAUUCGCCUGCCGAAGAAAUUGGAUGAACCUUGCUGAAAGUUCUAGAGGAAAUUUCAUUACCAAAAAUUGAUGUAUUUGAUUAUCAAAAUGUGAGGGGACACCUUCGAAUGACAGUAACAAAUUUUUGUUACCAAGUCCAAAUGUAUGCAUUUAAAAUAACUUGUCUUUGAUAGAUGGAUGAAACU